ACAAACGGCGUUCUGUAGCCUCUGUUGACUGCUUUGACGUCAUCGCUGUUAUCUAUAAUUCAUGUGAUUUUUAUACGGAGUAGCAUUUUUUGUACACACAUCCUCCGUAUGUAUUAUUGCCUGGUAUAAGCGCGUUGAACAGUCAAGCAGCAUGGCAGAACCGUUCCUUUAAAACCAAAGACUUCUUUUUUAUUUUAUUCUCCUAAUUUCAAUUCAAAAACAGGGAGAGCUUCUUAGAAGAUUAUGACACAGUUGUGGAGAUCAAUAGGCCUGAUCAACAUUCUCGGCAGUUUUGGCUGGUCAGCAUAAGGUUUAUGUUUAUUUAUACGUUUCAAUAGAGUUUUUAGAAAGUUGGGAGUGGUUUUCUUUGGGUGUUACAGUUCUUGUACGAGACAUAGGUUGAAACUUGGGAUUUCUGAAAGUUUCUGAUUUGAAGAGUAUUGGGUUAUUGUUUUCUUCAUAUUUGUUUGCAGUAUUCUUGAUUGGAUAGUUAUUUGUGAUUUGUGGUAGUUUGUUUCAAUGGGGUUGUGGAAAGAUGAUUUUUGGUAGGCAUAUUUUUGUGGGUUUGUAUUGAUUUCAGUAGAGGAAGGUUCUUGGUGGGUUCUUUGUUGGUUUCUAAUGGGUUGUGUCUUUGGGAAAGCUUCCCCAGCUGCCAAAGAAAGGGUAAAGGGUGAAAAGAAGAGAGAAAGGGUAAAGGGUGAAAAGAAGAGAGAAUGGAUCAAAGGGUCCCCAGAGUCACGAGUAACACUAGCUAUUUCUUCAAAGAGGAAGGAGAGUUUCAGGAGAAAAGAGAAGGAAAAGGGAGAAGCAAGAAAAGGAUCAGUUGAUAAGAAGGGUACUGGAUCACGAAAAGUCAGGGAUGAUAAUUUUGAGCAGAUAAAAGAGAAAUCUGAAGUUAUUAUCAGUGGUAGUCCAGGAUAUGGUAAAGUUCCCAAUGCUGUGGAGGGGGAAUUAGUUGCUGCUGGUUGGCCUUCUUGGCUUUCUAUGGUUGCUAGUGAAGCUAUUAUUGGAUGGCUUCCCCGCAAAGCUGAUACUUUUGAGAAACUGGAUAAGAUUGGGCAAGGAACAUAUAGCAGUGUCUACAAGGCUCGUGACCUGGUGCAUAAUAAAGUUGUUGCACUAAAAAGGGUUAGGUUUGAUAAUAUGGACCCUGAAAGUGUCAAGUUUAUGGCAAGGGAGAUCCAGAUUUUACGAAGGCUUGAUCACCCAAAUGUAAUAAAAUUGGAAGGCAUGGUUACCUCUAGAACAUCUUGCAGCUUGUAUCUUGUUUUUGAGUACAUGGAACAUGAUCUCACAGGAUUGACAUCACUUCCCGGCGUUAAGUUCACUGAACCACAGGUCAAAUGUUACAUGCAGCAACUUCUUAGAGGACUUGAUCAUUGCCACACUCGAGGUGUUCUACAUAGGGAUAUAAAGGGCUCAAAUCUUCUAAUUGACGAUGAAGGCACCUUGAAAAUUGCAGAUUUUGGUUUAGCAACUUUUUUUGAUCAUCAGCAAAGCGCUACAUUAACAAGCCGUGUAGUGACUCUUUGGUAUCGGCCACCAGAACUUUUACUUGGAGCAACUCACUAUGGAGUUGCGGUAGACAUGUGGAGUGCUGGUUGCAUACUUGGAGAAUUAUAUACUGGCAAGCCCAUCAUGGCCGGUAGAACCGAGGUGGAGCAAUUGCAUAAAAUUUUUAAGAUUUGUGGUUCACCAUCUGAAGAUUAUUGGAGGAAAGAAAAAUUACCUCAUUCAACAGUAUUCAAACCUUUACAGCCUUAUAGGCGGCGUAUCACAGAGGCAUUUAAGGAUCUUCCCCCUACUGCUGUGGGACUAAUGGAAACGUUACUUUCUAUAGAUCCUGCACAAAGAGGAACUGCAGCAAGCGCUUUAGAGAGUGAUCUUUUCACAACAAAGCCAUUCGCCUGUGAUGCUUCAAGUUUGCCAAAAUACCCUCCCAGCAAGGAAAUUGAUGCAAAAUUGCGUGAAGAAGAAGCUAGAAGGCAAGCAGCCCUCGAAGCUAAGAAGGGUCAGAUGAGUGAUAAGCGCUCAAGAGGAGGGUCGAAAGAGAUUAGAGGAGUUUUGGCAUCUAAUGUCAAUGCCAUGCUGACUAGGCCGAUGAAGCAGAUGAGGCAGCACAAGUCUAACAGCAAGAGCAUAAGCGAGCAAUUCAACCCACACAAGGAAUCUGCAUCUGGUUUUCCUAUUGAUGCGCCUAGACCACCACAAGCUGUAAGAGAAACUUGCAAGGAUCAUCCCGAACCUCUUUCAGAGAGGUAUUCUCAUUCCGGACCUCUAGCACCAGCGAUGCAGUGGGCAAAUUCUGGGAAGAAAUAUGACGAUAUUUCCAUUGGAUCGAUUAGAGCCAAUUUAUCCAAAUUAACUGGUUUAGUAGCAUCAAGGUCAGCUUUGCCUGGGGACUCGCAAGAUAGACUUGGUGUUUCACGUAUGGACUCAGCAAAUGAAAUUGAGGUGCCCGUGGCAUUACUUGAAGCAGCCGUGAGGAACCAGGAUCAAAAGCAUUACGUGCAGAACUUUGCUGGUUCACGCCACAUUGAAAGCAGAAAGCCCAGUGCCAAGGAACCUGCUCCGCACGAAUGUGGAGUUAAGGGAAACAAGGCCCAUUUUUCUGGUCCACUACUUGUUUCAUCCAACAGAGUCGAACAAUUGCUGAGAGAACAUGAUCGUCGCAUCCAGGAAGCUGCUCGACGAUCAAGGAUUGAGAAGGCGAGACUUGACAGAGCCCACGCGCAAGGAAUGCAAACAGCGGCUAAUUCUAUAUACAUCUCCAGUCUGGGGAGAAGGUAGAUUAACAUCAGUUCUUCGCAGAGAUUUGUUGUGUAAAAAAUUUAGAGUAGAUAGUGAGUGAGAUGUACAGUUGUUUAGGAAGGGAUGAAUAUAUAGCCAGUCACUGCAUAUCAGCAUUCUUUAGAAAAUCAUUUUCCUUUUUGUCAUCUUUAUGAAUAUAUGUGAAUUGGCAUUGUGUUGUUUUGCCCAAAAAUCUGCAGUGUUGAGCCCUCUGAAAUGGAGUUGAAGUCAGUUUGUGAGCUUGUGGCCAUCUUGAUUCUUGAAUACUGGCAUAACAGUGACAGCAUUUUCCCAGUGUGCUUUAAUUUAUACAAACUAAUAAGUCA